AUGUUAGUCCCAGGUCCCGGGUCCGGCAGAUUAACGCGGUAUAAUAUCUUUCAGUUAGAUAUACAUACAAUCGUAACAACUCGGCCAUCUCCGGUAAGCUUCGAGAUAGACAUUAUCUUGAUACUAGCCGAGGAGUUCCGAUUGCUAGAUAUACUUAGCGCUGGUAUCUUGAGUGGAAAAAAAAACGCAACUGAUAAUGGACGUGUCGUGUAUAUACAAAACAUUAAAAUCAUAUCGUGACGUUCACUUCAUUUCAUUACGAUCCACAUAGCUUAACGUCGUGAAGCGUGUAUUGGGGAUCUGAUUUUAAUGAGAUUGGUGUAUAUAUGGAAUAGCAAUAUCUGUUUUCGCCUUGUGUUCAGCUUAUACAUUCAAUUACUUUUGUGUUAAGGCCUCAAGAAACAAAGGUUCCAUAUAUUGACUUCAAUCUUAAUAUGUCAUCUAAAACUUGGCAACUCUAACUUAAUAGAUCGAUUUUGCCAAAACAUCACCAAGAAUGGAGAACUUUUUUGAAUAUACAAAUGGCGAGUUAUUUUGUGAAAGUGUCAGUGUUAGCAGUAUCAAAGAUUUUCUACAGAAGCAAAGUUUUAAAACAGUGUCACCUGUUUUUGUAUAUAGCAAAAAUCAGAUCGUUUCAAACGUCAAUGCAUACAAACUAGCGAUGAAGAAGCUUGAAAUUAAUGCAGUCUUAAACUAUGCCAUGAAAGCAAAUAUGAACCCGACGGUUCUGAAAAUAAUGAAAGACUUGGGCUGUUCUGUGACACUGGUAAGCGGAAACGAACUGGCCCUGGCUCUGAAGGUCGGGUUCGAUUUGAGGACUAUGAUUUUGAACGGAAACGGAAAACAGAAGUGGGAAAUAGAAUUGGCAGUAAAACAUGGCUGUCUUUUGAAUAUUGACGGCAUGUUUAACCUGGAGCAGACGAUAGAGGUUUGCAGACGACUUGGAACGAAAGCCCGUGUUUUGUUGCGCGUGAACCCAAAUAUACCGCUAGAUGAUUAUGUCCGGAACUUCACGAGUAUUGCUUAUUCCCAGGGCGUUCACCAGUAUAACAGGACGGGCGUACAUGGGUCCAAAUUCGGUAUUGAGCGGCGGGAGCUGGCGGCGAUGGCGGAAGUGGUUUGCAGAGAGCCGUUACUGGAACUACAAGGCCUCCACUGUCAUCUGGGUUCCACCAUCACAGACAUCCGAGUGUUCAGGUGCGCAGCCGAGGCGAUGUUGGCCGACAUCAGGGAGUUGAGGAAGCACGACUUCCCCAACAUCCGGGUCAUCAACCUUGGAGGGGGCCUCGGGAUUGACUACACUAAACGCUCUUCUUCGACGCAGAAUCCCUGCGCCAAUGAAAAAUCGGCCAUCGAUAAUGCCAAACGCGGAAUACCUACCCCGUCUGAGGUCAUCAGCGUGAUUGACUCAGUGUUUAAAGAUGAUGACGUCAGCCUUAUACUGGAGCCCGGCCGCUCACUGAUAGGGAACGCUGUUAUUCUACUGACGGAAGUGAUCGGUGUCAAACACGGCCACCACAUGAACUAUAUCGUGGUGGACGGCUCUAUGACGGAGGUGGUUCGACCGGCCCUCUACGGCGCCUACCACCAUAUUGAUCUCGCCCAGCCGAGCCACGUGACAAACGCUGAUACACAUACGAACGACCGCAGCCAUGUGACAACAUCCGAUACACAAUAUAUAACUGCUCAACAUCGUCAAAUGACCAAAACGGACGGACAAACCGAAAACCCGUUUUCUUUUACAUCGGGGAAGGAAAACCCAGCUGAGCUCGGGAAAAGGACACCAACUGACGGACGGUCGGACGAAGUAAAUGAAGGGUGGGGCUCGGGCAGACAGACGUACGAGGUGGUAGGGCCGGUCUGUGAAAGCGGAGAUUUCCUUGGACAUGCCCGGUCCCUGAGGACGCCACACACUGGCUGUUUGAUGGCAGUGUUUGAUGUGGGGGCGUACUGCGGCUCCAUGGCCUCCAACUACAACAUGCGGCCCCGACCCGCGGAGGUCAUGGUGGACGGCAAAGAGGUCAAGGUGAUCAGGAGGCCCGACACAUUCGAUGAUAUACUGAGGCCAUAUACGUGGGACUAACUUAACUAACAUGAAUCUUAGGGCGGUUUUGGUUUUAUAUCGGUUUCACAAACUGCGUGUUUGUUGUGACAGUUUGAAAUAAAAUGAAAAUCAG